AUGACCCCAGGCGAUGACUCAAAGAUUGUGGUUCUGCGCGGCCUGCCCACUAAAGCCAGCAAGGAGGAUGUGCUGGCCUUCCUGGAGGGCUGUGGGCCGCUGCAGCAGGAACAAAUUCACCUUGUGAAGCCUGGGGGAGGCCGCAGCCACGCCGAGGCCUUCGUGGCGUUCAGCAACAUGGAAGAGGCGCAGCGAGCCUGUGAAAAUGAUAAAAACUUCUUCUCCCCCAAAUUUGGCGAGCGGUAUGUACGGGUGGCGAUCGCUGAAGACAUGGUCCCCGGUAACCUGCCCACCCUGGGCGCCGCCGUGGCUGCCAAGGCCAGCCGAUCGCGGCGCACCAACCAGAAGGUGGAGUCGGUGGUGAAGGUGACCGGCCUGCCGCACGGCAUUACGCCGCCCGAGGUGCUGCAGCUCUUCUGGGGCUGGCAGGCAAAGGUGACAGGCACCUACAUAAGAUCUGUGGACCAUGAGAAGCGUCUGGAGGCGUUUGUGGAGUUUGAGGUUCGGGAGCACGCCACCCAGGCGGUGUCCCAGCGGCAUGGCACCACGAUCACCAUGGCCGCGGGCCAGUUCUCGCUCGGCAUGCAGAAGGCCACCAAGGGCGAGUGGGACGCUGUGGUGGCGGCAGAGCAGGGCAGAGAUGGCAUCGUGCGACUCAAGGGCCUACCCACAAAGGCCACCACUGGCGACGUGAUGGCCUUCCUUGACGGCUAUCGCAUCAAGCUGGGCGGCGUCCAUGUGCAGCCCUUCAGCGAGAACCGCCAUUCGAAAAUUGCCUUGGUGGUGUUUGAGACGGCGGAGGAGGCGACUCGCGCGCUUGAAAAAGACCGUCAGCCAUUUGGGGAGGCCUUUGGCGACCGCUACUGCCUGGUGCAGCUGGUGUGCAGGGCGGAGUUUGAGCAGGACAUGCGCAAGUUCCAGUGUCAGCUAUCUGGCAAUGGCACCAGCAGCAGCAGCGGGGGCACACUGGGCACUGCCAGCGCCACCCUGGGCACCGGCCAGCUGAGCACGGCCGCCGUCACCUCCAGCUUUGCCAGCAUGCCCACCUUCCCAGCAUGCCCACCUGGCAUGGGCAUGCUGCCGCAGGCGGCGGCGGCUGCCACAGGCUUCAUGCCCCCCGUGCUGCCGCCCAUCCCAGGCGGCAUGAUGCUGCCCCCUGGCUACGUUACAAUGACCGCUGCCCAUGCGCUUUAUGCAGACAAUGGCAGCGGCGCAGAUGAGCUUGCCCCCAACGGGCACAUCCGUCGUGCGGAGGAUGCCCCCGACGCGGAUGGCAGCAGCGGCGAGGGGAGUGGCGCAAACGAUGGGGCAGCUGCCAAUGACCAUGUGUUGCGCCACGUGGCUCCUGCUACCGCUGAAGAGACGGACGGUGCAGCCAUGCACAUGGAGGAGGAGGCGCCAGAGCGAGCUGGCGGCGCCUCGCAGUACCUGCAGCCGCGGGCAGAUUCGCAAAAGGAGUCCAGCCGCCUGCACUCACCGCUGGUGCCGGCGGCGCUGCUGGCAGAUGGGGUGGCGGUGCCGCCCGUAAAGCGCACGCGCAGCCAGUAA